AUGGCGGACAGCCUCGACGGGCAAGUCCAGUCGUCCCGGCGAUCCUGCGAGAACUGCCGGCGCAAGAAAACAAAGUGCACGGGCGAGAGACCCGUCUGUUCGUUCUGCCAACGCCUGCAACAGAAGUGCUACUACCUGCCGCGGGAUCGCAAGAGAAGUCAAGACACGGACUUUGGGGUCCAUCAGAAAAAAUGGGCCCUCAAGAGACGGACUCCGACUCCCAGUGUUGCCACUGGGAGAUCUCCUGGAAGGCGAGGGGAAAUCAAUAGUCCAGCAAAGGCCGUAGGAUCAGCCUGGGUCGACACAGAAAAUGACCUGCUCUCGAACAUGUUAGAUCUUGCCGUGACUGUGCACGACGAACGUAUGAAUUUCCAGCCCAUCUCAUUGUUUUGCCCCCGGGUUCUGCGAGAUACGCUUGCAAAGGCACCACAUUUCCUGCAGUGGACGUUUCUGUCACUCUCGAUCAUGUACCUCGGAAGCGACACCCCUGACUUGUCCACCAGGGAGGCGGUCAAAAGACACUCAGCGUCGGCUCGCGUGGUCGUCACCCAGCUUGCGGCAGAGGGGACCCCGAAGCUCGAAAUCUCACAGUGCCUAUGUCUUAUAGCGCUGGCGCAUAUUCUAGCCGGAGAAGGAGGGCUGGCUUGGAUGACUCUGGGACUUGCCAGUAGACUCGAAGUCCUGAGGAUCAGCCAACAAGAGCAAGGAGAGCCCGGUGUGGACAGUGAGGCUAGCUCGCGGUGUUACUGGAGCAUUCGCUCACUGGAGAACGUAUUCGCACCACAGUCGAUUCCUCGGCUCCAGGACCUAUAUACCCCUGCUUACCCUACAGACAUGCAAGCGCCUGAGCCGGUCAUCGUCAAGACAAGGCAACAGGCCGCUUACGAUCUUGCGUUUAUGGACGACGAGUGUAUACAGGGCAGCGGCAUCUAUGCCCACAGCAUAAGAGUCAUGGCAUCCUGGCGCGAUGUCAGCAAGUAUUUGCAUAGCAUUCGACACGGCAAUAUUGACAAGCCUUGGCUACCAACAUCAAAGUUCGCCGAGCUGACCCAACAGCUCUAUGAGCUGGAAAACAAUCUCGACUACAAGCACUGUUUCAGGAACGCCAGGCUGAAUGAUCGGUCUUUGGAUGCGCUGCACAAGGAUCGGGAGUAUUGGCGGUGCUGGAUGCUGUACCAGCUUCGAUUCCAUGCGUGUUCGGCUCUGUUGAACCAUCCGUUUGUGCAUCUUGUAGCCUUGAGGAGUGCGAAUCGCUCGUCGGCUCCACGAAGCUUCCUGCAGAUCACUGUCGACCAGGCGCUGUACCACUCAAGUUGGGUGAUACGACUGAUCAAUAUGUGUCUCGAAGUCGGAUUUUCCAUUUAUGACCCAUUCACCAGUGACAUCGUUGUUGCUGUAGCGACUGUCCCAUGGAUCAUGCAGUACGCUCGCGACAGCAAGGUCGCAGCUCGCUCGAAAGAGAAUCUCAGCCAAUGCCGAAAUUUUCUCAGCACUUUAUCACAAUUAUGGCCUCGUGUUGUUCAAAAGUUGGCCACACUCGACCAGCUGCAAUCCUUGACAGACUGCGCGGCCGCUCAAAACACCAUCAGCUUCGAGCCUGCUCAACUCUGGCAGCUCCUUGAUCCCAGCAUCACGGAAUUGUCUGCACAAAGGAAUGCCAGCUCACUGAGUGCCUCUGAUCGAAGCACCACAAUGCGGGUCCAUACCACCUUUAUCCAUCCUUUGGUCGAAAAAGAAGGCGCCGAUGAAGUUCCCAAAGUAGCUUCUGAAACUCCUUUCCCUUUAGGUCUGCCGGGCGAUACGAGUCAACAAUUCUUGUUUGAUGACUUCUUUAUGCAACCACUGAAUUUAGACCAAGUAUGGAUUGAUCUUUAA